ACAAAAACACAAAGAGUGCAACAAAGACUAGAGAAAUGUACAACCUAACCGACACACACAACUGACAGAUAGUCUCAGUCUGAGGUCUCAGACGGAAUCUGCUCCUAGACAAGACAAGCGAAAUCAAAAAAAAAUAUCACAAAGUAUGCUCUGAGAAAAAAAAAAGCUUCAGCUUCCCUAUAGAAAAUCUAUGCCAAACUUUGAAGUGAGAUCCUGUUCAGGUGGGCGUAUUUUCUCCCGUGGUGUCUGUGUGGAGCGUGCCACACAUCCACUCCACAACAACGACGGCUUUUGCUUGCAUCUUCCAGUGUUUGUUCUGUCAGCAAGUUCAGCAGAGCUGCAACUCGUCUAGUGCCAACCCAGAGGAACCCAGUGAGGAGCACCACGACUGUGAGAUGGUAAAGAUGACAAAGUCCAAGACCUUCCAGGCCUACUUGCCCAACUGUCACCGAACCUACAGCUGCAUCCACUGCCGGGCACAUCUCGCCAAUCACGAUGAGCUCAUCUCAAAGUCAUUCCAAGGCAGCCAGGGACGAGCCUACCUCUUCAAUUCAGUUGUGAAUGUGGGUUGUGGUCCGGCAGAAGAGAGGGUCCUCCUAACAGGUUUACAUGCUGUGGCAGACAUCUACUGUGAAAAUUGUAAAACCACUCUGGGCUGGAAAUACGAGCAUGCGUUUGAGAGCAGUCAGAAAUACAAAGAAGGCAAGUUCAUCAUCGAGCUGGCUCACAUGAUCAAAGAUAAUGGCUGGGAGUGACCUUCAUCUACUUCCUCUCUGCUCAGUGACCUCUGGGCUGUUCUGUCGUGGACUUUGCCGAGUGACACCACCACACGCACACAUACAGAAACAAAAAAUGCACAGACACGCGCACGCACACACAUGUCACCGUCGACCAUGACACAUCCUGACAUCUCUACUGGGUCAUCAAAAAAACUCAAAGGCAGAGUGACUGGAAGCGAAUCAAAGACAUCUACAGUCACUGAAAGGCUCUUGGACCUUCUUCCAAAAUGGACAUGUCAACACUUUGGGUUCUGAAACUUCUCCCUUCCUGUUGGACUGCCCCAUUAACUGCUUUGGGUGUGUGUAAACGCUCCUCGUAAGCUGUUAACAGUAUCCAGAAGACACAUUCUCACUUUUAUCAUGUGACAUCCUCCUCUCCUUUCGUGAAUAUGCAGGAGGUGUGCGUUUUAGUGUGCGUUUUCUUUUCAACAGGAAUCUGGAGUCCUUCCUGGUGGACUGAUGUUACUGGUUAGCAUUUUUCUCCUUCUCUGAAAAAGCCCGUUCUGAUUGUCUUUCCAUUCACGUUGGGGUAGUGACAGAUACAAUUGCCAUACGUUAUUGAAGAUGGGGAUGGUUUCAGGGUUAGGCUAUGUAGCAGAAUAUUUCAGAUGGGCGGUGGGGGAUUUGGGUGGGCGUUCAGCAUUGCAGUGGCAUGGCAUUUCCCUUGCAUUUUACCUAUUUUAUUUCCAAAUCGAAAUGUUUUUCUUCCUCUGAUGACUUCACUGUGCAAUUCGUGGGACACUCUGGUACAGCAGUAGCGUCUGACCCCUGCAGGAGCUUUAAUUGUCUCUGGUGCUUUUGGUAGGAUUACACAAACACUCGUCUUUGAGUUGGCAUUUGUGGCGGGUUCCAUUUUUGCAACCGUACUAUAGGCGAGAGUAAAAAACAAGACAAGCGACAGCCGUUUGGAUGCACUGGACUUUGGGGAAAACUGAAACUAGUGUCCUCGGAACAUUGUUUGCAUUACAUUUUCAUCCCCCUUCACGCCAAAUGAUGACAUGAUUUUACAAAACUAUUGUUGUUGAUAUUACAAUCAUGUUUAUGUUCAUAGCUAUGUGUAAUUUAUGUGGUAAACCACAUGUUUGGACAUGCACAUGCAUGUUAGCUCAGUGUGUUUUACGCAUUAUGUUUAUGGCAUACUUGAAUGCAGUUACUUUGUUUGCACUUUGCAGAGGCCUUGUUCAUGGGUUUAGAGGCAAAAGUCUGUCCAUUUUAUGGCCUUUUUUAUCGAUAAUAAUCGAAUGAUUGUAUUAGAUGCUUUGAAUGAUUUGAAGGGUUGGGUGGUUGCUGGCUUGAUCAUCUUCCUCUAGUUUCAAACACAAAAUCAACUGCUUUCGCAAUCUUCUGCAGGCUGGCAGACCUGUUCGCUAUGCUCGUAAUUCGUCCUAUUGGAUUUGCAAAUCAGAAGCAGGUCUCAAAUUUUACAGUCGGACACCAUUCAAUGUGCCGUUACUCAAUUCUUUUGCUGCUAAUAGAGAUAAAUGCAAUCUGGAGCUUUUACUUUAAACCUUCUGCACUUUAGCUGGACUGUCUGAGUGCAUGCGAGCGGAUGUGUUCCUUUUGUAGCUUUUCUCCACAUCUUUGCCUCUAAGCAGCAUGAAUCUUGUGCCUCUUCAAAAGAAAAAAAAAGAAGAAAAAAAGAAAUCUCCCUCUCUUGUGUUGUGCGGCGCAUGACUCCGAGAACCCAGCACAUCUAAUAGAAGCUCUGCUGGAGCUUCGUAUCAAACUCGAAAACAACACAUACUUUGAAAUUAACCUCACAGAACCGCUAUCUACUCGAAAGUCUAUACAGGAACUUAAUAUAAUCCAGUAUUUUUUCAUAGUUCUAUGUCAAAGCCAGAGAUGUUAUGAAACGGUGGUUGUAUUCUGCAAAGGGGGCGGGGCAGUUAGAACGGGAGGGGCGGAGCUUGCUUCCUGUAGAGGUAAAGAGUGGCAUUUAAUGUAGAUUUUUUUUUAUUGAAUAUAAUUAUAAAUAUAUAUAUAUUGAAUCCUACAGAUAAAUAUCAAGGUUUUGUCAUACAUAAGGGUGGGUGGGAUUGGCGGGCAAUAGUAGAAUAAGUGGCAAACCUUUAGUUAGUGUUAGUGUUCGCCGCCGAUAAGGUCAGUCUGGUCACGUGACCUUCGAAUCUGUCAAAGACAAUGCAAACAAAAAAUAGUUGUAGAAAUAUCUUACUUGAAAGAUGAUAACAGAGUUACAGACAAUACAUUGUCCCUCUCACAAAGUUUUGUACAUAGAGUAACAUAUUUAAGGUUUUAUACAUAUUUGUACUGGGUUAGUUUCUCUACUUCCCCGACUUGAAGCACUUUUGUUCACUGUCUCUCUGGCUUUAUAUAUAUGUGUGUGAAUGGCGAGAGAGAGUGUGUGGAUGCAUGUAUGCGUGUUUCAUUACUUCCCUCACUUUAUUUGUAGCCGUUUUUGCUGUUGUUCACUAGUUCCUCUGUGCUGUUUCCUUUAUGACACUUCUUUUGCUGUCUCACAGCAUGUUUUGAUGUGUGCUCUCUAAGCUUGAUGGUAAUGAGCUUUGUAUUUAAAUUGUAUUUUUUCUUUAAUAUUAAAGUUGAUUUUGUUUAGUUUCCUGUUGAGAGCCUAAUAGCAGAAUGUCUGCUGGUCGUGUUUAAGCAUUAUGGUCAGCGGUGAGCUGGAUUCACCUGCCGAAAUUUCACAAUAAAAACACAGACCCAGACCCGUUUUACAAAAAACAGCUUUCCCUAAGACUUUCAGAAGCAGAACUAGAUCCAGGUCAGUGUCACUGUCAGUGUAAACCAAAAAAAUAAUAACACAUCACUCAACCGAUACAUUUUUACUGAAAACUAAAUCACUUGGUCAAACCAAAAAUCAAGUUUGUGGCCUCUUUGAAUUUUUUUUUUUUUUAAUUGUGAUUUGUCUUUUGCAGCAACAUAUUAUGGUGUUUCUGAUAUUGGCAGUAGAAACGAUUGUUUACUUCCAUUUUUUGCUGUUUCUUUUGGUGACACUGGAUUCAAACCUUUCUAGAGGUGUAAAUCAAAUGAUAUCUAGUCUAAGGCAACAGUGGUAUGCAAAUGAAACGAUUGUAUAAGUUUGCAGAGUUAUUAUGUUUUAUUUGGACUGUUAAAAUAUAAGGUCUAAAGCAUGUUGUAUUUAAAAUGGCUAUUUUAAGUCGUGCCUGGUUUUCUUUCUUUCUUUUUCUUCAAUGCAAAAAAAGCUUUUUUCCUCUUUUUACUUGAUUACAUUGCUUUGCAUUACGUUCUAGUAAAGAUGAGUCACAUUUGUGUGUUUUCACUGUAUUGUAAACUAUUCAGAUAUCACAAUAAAGCUUAAAUGGUAUUA